AUGCACCGCGUCACGCUUUUGCACAUGGUUUCGGCCGUAACAGCACAAGCAGCUGACCUCUCUAGCCACGUCCUAACAAACACCGGCACUGUGGCCGGCGGGAACGCAUUUCCAGGGGUAUCACGACCAUUGGGAAUGGUGAAGAUCGGGCCCGACCUGGAAAACGGAGUUGACGCUUAUUCCGGCUACCUGCCCGACGGUCACUUCAUCGGCUUCUCCAUGCUUCACGAACAUGGCACUGGCGGCGCUCCCAAAUACGGCGUCGUCAACCAGAUGCCCAUCAUGGGCGUCAUUGACAACCCUCUUAGCCAGAAUACCGACACCAGGGCGCAGCCAGAUGAGACAGAGGUUGGCCACUACAGGUCUUUCCUCAGCUCUGGGGUUGUCGUUGAGCUAGGGGCUACAGAAAAGGCGGGACUGUAUCAAUACACCUUCCCCGGAAACGAUAGCACCCCGGGGAACGUCAUCGUAGAUGUUUCUCAUGUUCUGCCAUCGUACAGAGGACAAGGCCUCGGCCAGAACUAUAUGGGAGGCAAGAUUGAGGUAAUGAAUGGAGACGAUCUUCGCUACACAGGUUAUGGCUACUAUGACAAUGGCUGGAACCGUGCUGAAGAGUGGAAGGUCUACUUCUGUGGAUACUUCGACCGUCCGGCGACGUAUAAGACAUUCCUCGGCGUAGACCGUACGUCAACGGGCCUGGCAGAGUAUGGUAAUGCAACAAGCUAUGAGUCGAGAUCGCAACGCUUGGGUGCCGUCUUCAGCUUUCAAGACACCACUGUAAAGUCGAGAGUCGGGGUCUCAUUCAUCUCGACCUCCCAGGCUUGCAGUAACGUCAACGCGGAGAUUCCUGCUGACAGAAGUCUCUUCUCCGUCAGACAGGCUACCCGUGAGGCGUGGAACACCGAGGUUCUCUCCAAAGUCAAGACAUCAGAAACGGACACGCUAAAGUUGAAUCAACUGUACUCGGCGCUGUACUUCAUGAAUUUGUUGCCAACAAACAAAACGGGCGAGAAUCCGCUCUGGGACUCAUCCGAGCCCUACUACGACGACGUCUUCACAUUUUGGGAUACGUUCCGUUGCACCACCUCCCUUCUCCAAAUCCUCCAGCCCGAGGCUUACGAGGAGUUCAUCCGUUCCAUGAUUGAUAUCUGGCGGCACGAGGGCUACGUCUCGGACGCCCGCUCCUCUUUCUACAAUGGUGCUGUUCAGGCUGGCUCCAACAGCGACAAUGUGCUUGCCGACGCCUACGUCAAGGGAGUUCGUGGCGCAGUCAACUGGAAAGAUGGCCUCUCGGCCAUGCUCAAGAACGGCGAGGUGACGCCCCCGCCAAACAACGACCCGCGCGACCGCUCCGGUUCCACCAAAGAGGGCCGCGGCGCCCUUCCAGACUGGCUUGAGCUUGGCUGGAUCUCGCCACGCUUUGCCCGCGCCGUUACCCGCGCCGUCGAGUACUCGGUGAAUGACUUCAACAUCUACCAGGUCGCCAAGGGGCUUGGCGUUUCCGACGUCGCCGAGCGGUACCUAGAGCGGUCCCGGAACUGGCGCAACCACUGGAACGAGAAUAUGACAGCCCAUGGCUUCAGCGGCUUCAUGGGACCACGCAAUGCUGAUGGCAGCUUCCCACCACAAGAUCCCCUCGACUGCGGCGGCUGUUACUGGGCCGAGGCGUACUACCAGGCUACGCCCUGGGAGUACUCGUUCAACGCGCACCAUGAUGUUGCGCACCUCGUGAGCCUGAUUGGUGGGGCUCAGCGCUUCUCUGGUCGGCUGGAGAAGACGUUUGAGCCGGGGCAGUACGCGGGUAACGGCGCCUUUGGCAACACGAUAUUCAACCCGGGUAAUGAACCUUCUUUCGGGACGCCUUACCUAUUCAACUUCGUCAACAAGCAGCACCUUUCGGUGGAGCGCUCCCGCUUUGUCGCAAAAUCAUACUAUAAGCCCGCCCCUGACGGUCUUCCGGGCAACUCUGACGCCGGCGCGAUGGAAUCCUGGCUGCUGUGGAACAUGAUUGGACUGUACCCCCUCACGGGCCAGACAACCUUCCUCAUUGGCUCGCCGUGGUUCUCGGAUCUGACCAUCUCGCUCGGCGACGGGCGCGAACUCAAGGUAUCGUCGACGGGCGGUUCCGAGGACGUAUACUACGUACAGAGCCUGCGCGUCAAUGGGGAGCAAUGGGACAAGGCGUGGGUGACUUGGGAGGACAUCUUUGCAAGGGGGGGGACUUUGGAGUUCGAACUGGGCCCUGAACCAAAGGAGUGGGCGACGGGGGAUCUGCCACCCAGUCCGGCAAGCGCGGACGACGAAGAAGAACAGAUCGCGGCACUGAGGCACCAAAGCCAGCAGUGGAGGCAUCAGGAUGAGCAGCAGAUCAUCAGAUAG